AAAAAUUGAUCAUCAGUCAAAUCAGUCAUCACUUCGUGAUUAUUCAUUAAAAUGCAUAUGGGUUUAUGAGAAAUGCUGAUGGUUUCUUUAGUUAAGUAUUCAUUUGAUUUAUAGUUAAAGAUGUCUAAAAGAAUUCAGCCGAGUUGGUCACCGCCUACUAGUGACGAAAAAAGAUCAAAAUUGAAACUUUUGAAUAGUCUGACAAGGCAGAAAGAAGUAUUUUUGUGUUCAAGCGGCAAUCGUGUCAACUGGUAUAGCUGUGGUCCAACAGUUUACGAUGCAUCCCACAUGGGCCAUGCGCGGUCAUACAUUUCUUUUGAUAUAUUAAGACGGGUAUUGUCAAAUUAUUUCGGAUAUGAUAUUUUAUAUGUCAUGAAUAUAACAGAUAUUGAUGAUAAAAUAAUAAAAAGAGCAAGACAAAAUUAUUUAUAUGAAAAAUAUGUCAGGGAAAAUCGAACAUUAAGUGACAUUAUAGAUGAUGCAACUACUGUUGUAAAUUUCUACGAGGAUGUGGUAAAGCAAACAACAGAUCCAGACAAAAAAAAUACAAUGCAAAAAAUGUUAGAUAGUGUUGCCUCUGCUGUGAAAGUACUUAAAGCCGCUGUAGAGGAGAAUAAUAGUGUUAAAAUCGAUUCAUCAAAGUGUGAAAUGUUAAAAUUAGCAAAAGAUCCAAUAUCUGAAUGGUUGGACAGUAAAUAUGGUUCAACUGUUUCAGAUAAUGCAAUAUUCUCUGAACUGCCUAGAUACUGGGAAAAUGAAUUUCAUAAAGAUAUGAAAGCACUUAAUAUUUUACCUCCAGAUGUUUUAACAAGAGUUAGUGAAUACAUUCCCCAAAUUAUUUCAUUUAUUCAAAAGAUUAUUGACAACGGACUGGCUUAUGAAUCAAAUGGUUCUGUUUAUUUCAAUGUUAGUGAGUUUGACAGUAGGGAUAAACACCACUAUGCUCGCUUAGUACCAGAAGCUUACGGAGAUACAAAGUCAUUGCAGGAAGGAGAAGGUGACCUCAGCAGUGAUACAUCUGAAAAAAAAUCUCCAAAUGACUUUGCCCUAUGGAAACGUAGUAAAGCAGGCGAGCCAUCCUGGGAGUCUCCUUGGGGUGCUGGUCGCCCUGGUUGGCAUAUAGAAUGUUCAGCAAUGGCUUCCGAUGUCUUUGGUUCAGACCUGGACAUACACACUGGUGGUGUAGAUCUUAAAUUUCCUCAUCAUGACAAUGAAUUAGCUCAAAGCGAGGCCCAUUUUGACAAACCUAAUUGGGUUAAAUAUUUUCUUCAUACUGGCCAUCUUACGAUUGCUGGCUGCAAGAUGUCGAAAUCAUUAAAGAACUUUGUAACUAUUUCGGACGCUUUAAAACGUCACACAGCAAGGCAACUACGCUUUGCUUUUCUCCUACAUGGUUGGAAGGAGACUUUAGACUAUUCAGAAAAUACUAUGGAGAUGGCUAUACAGACUGAAAAAUUAUUUAAUGAGUUUUUCUUAACAGUAAAAGAUGCUUUACGAAGUGGGUACGACGAAGGUUGUGGAGGCCCUUGGGGAUUGGAAGAACAACAGCUGGCUGCAAAACUCAGUCAUGCAAAAGAACAAGUCCAUAUUGCAUUGUGUGAUAACAUCGACACGCGCGCGGCUCUGGACGCACUACGCGAGCUUGUAGGAGCGGCUCACGUGUUCCUACGAGGAGCGCCGAGACCCGCGCCGCUGUUAGCGGCCGCCGCGCGCUACGUCACCGACAUCCUACACGUGUUCGGCGCGGUAGAGGGCCCGCGCGGAGGCAUCGGCUUUCCCGUGUCCGGCUCUGGCGACGUUUGCGUGGAGCAGGCCGUGAUGCCGUACCUGGAGGCGCUGGGCUCGUUCCGCGCGGCGGUGCGCGACGCGGCGCGGGCGGCGGGCGCGCGCGACGUGCUGGCGCUGUGCGACGAGCUGCGCGACUGCGUGCUGCCGGCGCUGGGCGUGCGCCUUGAGGACAAGCCCGAUAGAACGGUGGUGAAACUAGUAAGUAAAGAGGAGUUGAUGAGAGAAAAAGAAGAGAAGAAGAAACAAGAAGCGGAAAAGCAGAGGAAGAAGCAGGAGUUGUUGGAAGCACAGCGGGCUAAAGAAGAACAGAAGAAGAUACCGCCGACAGAAAUGUUCAAGAGAGAAAAGGACAAGUAUUCUCAAUUCGAUGAAAAUGGCUUGCCAACACACGACGAUAAAGGCAAAGAAUUAAGUAAAGGACUCAUAAAGAAAUUACAAAAACUCCAGCAAGCACAAGAGAAGAAAUACAACGAAUACCUUGGGACUGUCAACACAUGACAGCUGAUCUAAUAAAUGACAUAUAAUAAUAAUUUAGGACUAAAUAAUAUGGUAUAUUUGUUUUUCUACUUGCUAAAGUUGAUUACCAGCUUAAUAUAUACAUUGUUUUUUAUAAGGAAAAAAAAAUGCAUUUAUUACAUUACGAGCGAUCAUUUACAGCAGAAUUUUAAAUAUUAUUAAAAACAUUUGCAUCUUUCAUCGAGGCAAUAGUGGUAUUUUUAAUUUAAAUUUAUCACCGUAUCAUGUCAUGUCACUCAAUCAUAAAUAUUACCCUAUAAGAUCAUAGUUAAAAAUAUUUUCAGUUUCAUUUGAGUGUACUUAUAAAUAACUUUCGAGAGUAUUUUACAAUUUAGGUAAAAAUAUAGUAUUCUAAAGUAUUUUCGUUUUCGUCAUUAUUUAUGUCACUUACAUUAAUAAUAUAACAAACAAUAUUGAUAUAAAUAACAAAGGUGAACCUUUUCUUUAAAACAAAUUCUAAUAAACUAAUAUUAAUUUAAU